CGUGAGGGGCGAUAAACCGCUGUGGAAUAGGCGUGCUUUCCACGAGAGGGAGAGAGAAACAGAAGGGAGAGGGAGAAGCGAUAAACCGCUGCGGAAUCGGGCUAUUUUGUUUUUCUUAGAGCUUUGGAUCGGGCGAGUUUAGCAGAGAUUGGAAGCGUUUUAAUGGCGAUUUCGUCGAUGGAGAGGGGUGUUUGGACUGGCGAGGCCAUCUGGCAUUGGUUUCACUGAGUAUUUGAAGCGGAUUUUCGGUUUGGGGUUUUGAAGGAGGAGAGAAAUAUAAGGCGAGGGGUUUAGUGUUUUGGUGGUGAUUUUGGCGAGAGGAAGAAGAUGGAAUGGCCUGCGUCUCUGGACGAGUACGAGAAGCUUGUAAUACGCAUGAACACUCCCAGGGUCGUCAUUGACAAUGCCGUCUGCCCAACCGCAACGCUGGUAAAGGUCGAUAGCGCGAGGAAACACGAAAUCCUCCUUGAGGCCGUACAAGUCCUGACCGACCUCAACCUCUGCAUCAACAAAGCGUACAUCUCCUCCGACGGGAGGUGGUUCAUGGACGUUUUUCACGUGACGGAUCAAAACGGUAAUAAGCUCACAGACGAGAGCGUUAUCAGCUACAUUGAACAGUCCCUUGCAACAGGCAACACACUGAGAUGUAAUGACUUCAAAGGCCUAACGGCCCUGGAAUUAACAGGAACGGAUAGGCAAGGGCUCCUCUCUGAGGUGUUUGCUGUCCUCGCCGACUUGCAAUGCAAUGUUGUUGAGGCGAAGGUGUGGACCCAUAAUGGCCGGAUUGCUUCCUUGAUAUAUGUCAAGGACGAGGACUCCGGUUCGGCCAUUGAAGACACCCAUAAGAUCAACCGGAUCGAAGCUCGAUUAAGGAAUGUAUUGAAGGGCGACAAUGACAUACAUAGUGCCAAGACGGCUGUCUCCAUGGCUAUCACCCACACAGAACGGAGGCUCCACCAGAUGAUGUUUGCCGACCGCGACUACGAGCGGAAAGCACCCAAUUCGGUGGAGUCCCACCUGCCGUUUGUUUCCGUCCAGGACUGGUCGGAACGUGGGUACUCUGUAGUCAAUGUGAAGUGCAACGAUCGAGCUAAGCUACUAUUCGAUAUCGUCUGCACAUUGACAGACAUGGAGUAUGUUGUCUUUCAUGCCACUGUGGACACUGAUGGAGAACAAGCUUAUCAGGAAUUCUACAUCAGGCAUGCAGAUGGAAGCCCCAUUAGUUCAGAAGCCGAAAGGCAGCGUGUGAUUCAAUGCUUGCAAGCUGCAAUUGAAAGAAGAGCAUCAGAGGGAAUUAGGCUGGAGCUGUGUACAGCGGACCGCCGGGGGCUAUUGUCCGACGUGACCCGGACGUUCCGUGAGAAUGGUCUGUCCGUCACGAGGGCCGAAGUCUCCACGUCUGGCAAGAUGGCUGAGAAUGUAUUCUAUGUCACUGAUGCGGCUGGUCACCCGGCAGAUUCCAAGAUCAUCGAGGCCGUCCAGCAGAGAAUUGGGCUUGGCAGCCUCAAAGUAAAAGAACCAUCCAUGUUCCGAAAGGCAUCAACGGCAAGGGAGACCAAUGGUGGGGCGGGCCUUUUCUCCCUGGGCAGUCUAGUGAAAAGGAAUCUAUUCAAUUUGGGGUUGAUCAGAUCCUGUUCUUAGGAAUGAGAACAAAUGAGGAUCGUCUUGUGUAGCAUAUACCUUGCUUCUUCCACUAGGGUUUGUACAGAAGAACAGAGAGAGAAAGGAUAUCUGAUAGUUGUUAGAUGGUUUGGUUGGAUAGAGAGGGCCCCUUCAUAUGUUUUUUUUUUACUGUUUCUUUUUCUUUUUCUUUUUUAAACAAAAGAAAGAUAGUAGAAAAAAAAAAGAAGAGAGAGAGGUGGUGGAAUUAAGAGGGGCGCCUCUGGUGUUGGGUGGUGUGUUGCUGGCAAAGGCAGUAGGUAGAUUUGGCUGGUGUGGUGUUGCCAGCUUGAAAGAAAGGGGUUAUACAUUCAAACGCACACAUUGUACAGAACGACUUUGAUGCUCUAGUAUUAAUGGUUGACUUUAUUUGCA